UUGAAACAGAUUGUAGCGCUCCGCGGGUCGUAAUGGCAACUACCCUAAUCCAACGGCAGCGACAACUUUUUUCUCGUUUGUAAUGUUACGGAGGCAUUAUACGUCGCUGGAGAAACCACUUUCUAAUGUGAAAAAUAAACGUUAAGCAUUUUUACAGGUCCGAAAAUGUCCCAGGGAUGUACAGUUUCAGUGGAAGAGAUCCAGUCUUGGUGGGAAGUCCCCGCCAUAGCCCACUUCUGCUCGCUGUUCAGGGCAGCGUUCAACCUUCCUGACUUUGAAAUAGAGGAGCUGGAAAGAGCCUUGUCAGAGCAGGACUUUGAGUUUCUUGGGGACCUCAUUGCCUGUCUCCUGCAGGGAUGCUACCAGCGCAAUGACAUCUCGCCCAAGGCAUUUAGCAGCUACCUGGAGGACAUCAUCAGCUAUCGGUGGGAACUAGAGGAGGGGAAGCCCAACCCACUGCGAGGCGGGCCUUUUGACACGCUGCCACCUCGUACGCAGGUGGAACUGCUGCACCGACUCUGUGACUACCGGCUGGAUGCUGCUGAUGUCUUUGACUUGCUGAAGGGUCUGGAUGCAGACAGCCUGAGGGUGGAACCCCUGGGGCAAGAUGGAAAUGGAGCCCUCUACUGGUACUUUUAUGGCACUCGUAUGUACAAAGAAGAGCCGGUGAGGAGGACACCAGAGAUGUUCAGCAGUGAACCGACUGAACUGAUGUUACUAGAGAAAAAGAAAAGAGGAAGACCACUAAAGAAAAGGAAAUGGGAAGAUCCUCAUCUAAGUGAUGAAAGUGAAGCCUCAGAGGUAAACACAGAAAAUGGACUGGAAGACUCUCCCCAGAGCUCGGAUCUUAAACGAGGAGCCUGGUCCCUUGUGUGUGAUACAGAGGAACAGUGGAUCAGCCUGGCAGAAAGCAUCAAGGACAAAACCUCCCCACAGGACCGCCACCUCUACCGCGUCAUCAGCCAAAACUUCCUGCCUGAGAUCAGCAGCAUGAUUGAGCACAAGGAGCGAGAGCAGAAACAGAAGCUACUAGAUCCAACCCCAGUUCGCAUUUCUCAGCGGUUCUCUGAACAUCACAUUAAACCAGAGGAGGAGGACAGUGUCAAGGCUGUAUCACAGGAAGAGAGGAAGAAAGACGAAGAGCUGGACAGGCAGGUCCUGUUGGCUGAACAGCGACGAGAAGAGGAAAGGCUUCUGCAGGAAGAGCGACAAAGGCAAAAGCUGGAGAAGAUCAAAGCUGUGGAGGAUCGAGCAAAGAGGAGGAAGAUGCGGGAGGAAAAGGCUUGCUUGCUGUCUCAAGGAAAAGAGCUGCCACCUGAGCUGAUGAAUCUGGAGCCAUCUUCACCUGUGCUCAGAACACGCAAGAAUAAAGAAUUCUACGACAUUGAUGACGAUUACACUGCUCUCUAUAAAGUGCUUGAGGCCCUGAAAGCUCAUAAAGAUGCUUGGCCUUUCUUAGAGCCCGUUGAUGACUCCUAUGCCCCCAAUUAUCAUGAGAUCAUCCAGACUCCCAUGGACCUGUCCACCAUUGAGAAAAAACUCAACGAUGGGGAGUAUGUUGCUAAGGAGGAGUUUGUGGCAGACGUGAAGCUCAUGUUUGACAACUGCGUCGAGUACAAUGGAGAAGACAGUGAAUACACUGUCAUGGCAGAGUCUCUGGAGCGGUGUUUCAGCCGGGCCUUGGCAAAACACUUCCCAACAGAGGAUGGCGACACAGAUGAAGAGUUCCAUGUCAGCCGGGAAGACAAAGAGCGCAAAGACAAAAAGCGUAACCGCAGUAGUAAACAUUUGGGACCUGAAAGUUUGAUCAGGGCCACUGAGCAAGCCCAACGUAAGCGAAACUCCCAGGGGGGCAAGGGCAGCACACCCUCAGAGGAAGAGGACAGCAGAUUGUCCCGACUGCCCCCUCCUCGUCACUGGACGAAUGGUCCUGCUUACCCUCACACUCUGCCGCCAAGCCAGGUGCACCCGCGUGAAAGUGGCAUCAGGAGCAUGUACUACCCAGGGCAACAGCUUCAUCAUUCAACUGGCCCCUCUGGUCCUCAUGGACCACAUAUGUAUGCCCAAAGAAUGGCAAUGGAUCCUCGCUUUUCCUACCCAGUUCACAUUCCCAGACAUGGAGACCCAAACUUGAACCGCUUGCCCCACAGCUUUAACAUGCAGCAUCGCUUGGCUGAGGUACAUCACAUGGGCCCCAGGUAUCCACUGCAGCCAGAUCCUAAUGAGCAGCAGCCUCCACAGCAGCACCCGUACAUGGGUCCAACUCAUGGCCCAUCUUUGGGCCCACGUCCCAUUGCCCUCCAACCUGGACCUCCCCCUGAAGCCAGCAUGUAUCCAUCCCACCACCGUCCUGAGGGCCACACCAUGCAUCCUAUAGGCAACAGAUUUUCAGGACCAGAAGGCCCACCUCAGCACAACCACCCGGGCUUGAGGGCUCCUGUUAUGGGCAUAUCAAACAUGUGGCCUGGUAUGAAUCCCCAGGGCCAGGACAGACUUAACGGCAUGCACAUGCAGGAUCCCAACGUGGUUAACCAACAUAACUUUAGUUACGGUGGAAUCCCCCCUCCAAUGGGACAUAAACCAUGGCCGGAAGCUGCUGGAUACCCCCAGCAUCCUUCCAAUGCUCAAUAUCAAAUGUCUUCAGCCGCCAGCUCCAUCGGGCCCACGUCUUCACGGCCUCCUGUGUCCCAACCAGAUUCCUCUGGCAGGACACUUUUGUCUUCCAUGUUGGAAAGCCCAGAGAUGCUGGCCCUGCAGCAGCUGUCAGCCUCUUCUGGACCCCCUGCUGGUGCCCCUCAUCAGCACAUAGGCAACUUUCAGCAACCAGGGCCCCCAUCAGGACUUGGCAGCAACCCAGCUCACCCCUCUAAACAGCCUCCCCCAACCCCUGAGAUUCAGCUGCUGCGUCCUGCUAGAGACAAAGGGCUAGACAACCAGCCAUCCCAACAGACAAACAUGGACCCCAAAGGCCUAACACCAGAGAACAACAUGGCUGCAAACAACAAUUCUGAUGAAGCUGCAUCACACAAAAACAUGUUUUCAGUCAACCAGGAACACCUCUCCAAACCCAACCCUAAAGAAUGUUACAGUACAUCGGCAGGUAGGAUUCAGAGCCCACCGGCUCCUAACUUGGGCAGAUCACAGGACAACCCCAAGCAGGACGUGGGUGGCCAGGGACAGUCUGCCAGCCACUGUCCUGCACAAAACAGUGCCACUGCUACUGCUUCAGCCCAUAUCAUUACAAAUAACAUCAGCUCCACAGAUCCUGUUCCACAAAACACACCUGAGCAUACACAGAACAAACCGCAGCACAACGCUUUAAGCCCUGCACGUCUUCCACAGAACCCACUGCCAUCGCAGGCCUCUGAAGCUCAGAAUUCCUCUCAACAUGCUACAGAGAACAAGCAAAGUGAACACCAGCAGGACAUCCAAAAACAACGGCAAUCACAAGUAACCAAGAGUACUCCUCUUCAGGGUCAACGAGAGGGUUCUCCGCAGCCAAUGACUCUGAACACGGAGCAACACAUUUCUCUAGAACCUUCUCAUCAUAUUCCCCAAAGAAUCUCUUCACACUGCCCCACUCAGCGCAGUCCCAUGCAAGGGAUAUUACAGAGUAUCACUCAAGGAGCCCAGCCUGCCCCACUCACCUCUUUGCCACCCAGUCAUCCUACCCCACUGUUACCCUCCCAACCUAGCCCAGCAGACCAUGGAGAUCAAAGACCUAGUGAGCCCACAAGUAGACCUGACUCAGUGAGCACUGCCACUUCACCCCAGCAUACUAUGAUGACAACUGGACCACCAACUAGUGUUUAUAAUCACCAGGCUUUUAGCCCAAAUCACAAUCAAACCCAGGUGAUGGGGAGUGAUGUGGGUGUUCAGACUCAAAGAGGACCCCCACAGAGUCACAAUCCAGCCAUGCCUCCUCACUCUCAAGGUCAGAUCAACGGAACAUUGGGUCCGUACGGCAUUGGGAAUCCUCCACAUCCAGACUACAGUCACACGAACAUGAGUAGACAAAUGCCCCCAUCUGCUCAUCUACCUUAUCACAACCAGUCCAUAAACACCCUCCACAAUCCUGCUGCUCACACCACCUACCACCAGCAGGGAGGGACUGCCUACUCUUACCUCAUGCCUGGACAUCAGCACCCACAGAACCAAAGCAAUAUGUACUCUCCUCAUCAAUACCAGCAGCCAACCUACUACCCCCAGCCCCAUUCCCAAACUCAGUCCCAUAACCAAGCUAAUGGCAGAGGGAGUUACCCUCCCAAGGAGUGGCACAGAUCUCCUUAUCAGCCUCACCAGCCGAUUCCACCCAAUCCCUACCUUCCUGUAGCCAGUGCCAGAGCCAAUGGUCAGUCAAAGGAGACUACUGUGUCACCAAUGGGUUCAGAGAGCUCCAGUGGUACUGGAUUGGUGUCCCCUGGCCCUGUGUCUGAAGUAGGGCCACACUCUGGGGGGGCAGAGGAAGGGAAGUGUGAAAGCAGGGACCAGGCUCAAGUAGGCAGCAGUUCCAGUCCAGCAAAGCAAGGUCACAGCGAGAGCUCAGAGCAGCCUGAAAGUCCUAAAGAAAUCCUGGAUCUUGACAGCCAUAAUGCGGCUGCUCGCCAUCGGACCAUCCUUCCACUUCAGCAGCAGCUUCCGCCUCCUUCUUCUGCACACAUAUCACCUGGCUUCAUGUAUGACCCUAGAGCCUUGCAUCCAGGAAUGCAGCAAGGUGGCAUCCCACCACCACAUAUGAUGCCUCAGGGUCAUGGAUUUAGAAAUGGAACUCCAUACCCUGGCCAACCAUACUCAGAUCCAGGGCGCUAUGCUGCCCAGAGACCACACCCACACCUUAUGGAAGCUCUACAGCAACCCCAGCAGCUACCAUUUUCCUCAGGCCAGACACGCAUGGCCAUGUACAGACACCCCAGACCUGGGGGUCACUUUCAGGGCAUGAUGAUUCAGCAGAGAGGCGUGGGACCAGAACGCUUCAUACAUCCAGGACAACAGAUGAUGGCUGCUCCAGGCGGUCCUGGAAGUAAACCGGGAUUGUGACUCGCCUUAGAAGCGAAACAUGUAACCACACAUGGACCAGAUGGCUAUGAAAGAUUCCACACACAUCUCUUGCUGAUAUUUAUACACUGUACUAAAGUUUUGUCCCUCACUGGACUUGAAGAGCCAUCCAGGCAGCUGGUGUAACUGAGAUAGUUAAAAUGUGAAAUUUUAUUGAACAAUUCAGAACAAUUGUCUUCUCAUGAGCCCUGAUUUACACAGAGCUCAUGAUGGCCAGUUUCAGGAUAGCUCUGCUCUCUAUUGCUUUCUAACAUGAGCAUUUAAACUUCUGUCUUCCCACAGAAGGGAAUUCUUUUAACCACUAGGUCAACCUGCCAACACAGGGGACAUUGCCUUCAAAAACACUGGACAGCCCUCUUCUAUAUGAGCAGCCAGAGUAUCACUUCUUGUCCACUGCCUGUCAGGCAAGACGGAGCUUCUGACCGGACUGUCAUGGAGAGGAACUGUUGUUGUUACCACUGUUUUCUAUUCCAACCAUAUCUUUAAACUCAGGUGUAGAAAAGGAGGUACUAUGAGACUGUCACCCUGACCCAGUCGACUCACGGGCCCACUUGCAGUUGCCUUUGUUUCCUUUGUGAAUGUAUGCGUGAAUGUGUAGAGAAUAAACGCAGCACAGUAGUUGCACAUGAAAGGACAAACAACACCGAUACGUUGUCUGAAGCAUCAGCCGUCCAGCCCACUUACUGUCCAUUUUUACCCCUCUCACUUUUAAUCUUUCUCAGCUGGAGCAAAUACACAGUAUGCAUCUUUCAAAGCUGCCUUCCUUUUUAAGAAUGUCUUAGUAGAGAGGGACUGGUAAGAGCGGUGCUAUUUCUAUCUAAAUGUACCUGAUUCUCUGUUAUGCACUAUGGAUUUGUCAGUCUAGAUAUCCUACAACUGAGUGGCCUUUGUUAGUCUUACUUAAUCCCUGCUUGUUAACACAGAAAUGUUUGACAGUAUGCAUUGAGUUCAGCCCUACACUGCUGAGAUUGCCCUCCCAUGAGGAUGAUCUCUAACUCUGUAACAUGUCCCACUUCCUGCUACAUGGGACAUACGUAGAACAAACAAAUACAAAAAACUUUCUGUAGUUUUUUUCCCUUCUUUAAAAAAAAUGUGUGACACUUGUUGGAUUCCUCCCACAGGUUUCUAGCUUUAGUUCUUAGUUUCUUUAUAGCCCUGCCAUUUUCAUGCUCCUUUGAGUGCUUCCUCUUCCUAAUGCCAAUACUAAGGUUAUCCUCAGGGUGUACAGUUUCUAUAUACGGGUAUUAUUAUGAGCUAUUCGAAGGAGGAGCAACAUAAGGACGAUGGGACUGCAGCUGUGGCUCAUGAAGAUGCUGGAUUUUUAAGGGUCUCUAUCCUUAUCCUUUGACCUUAAGGGGGUCAGCACACAGCUGGACUCAUGUUUACUUUCUCACAUCAACGUGGAUUGGAUGCUCGCUGGAUCUCAUCUCCUAGUCUGCAUUUCUAAAAAUAUUACCAUUUUCUCUCAUGAUCAAUGUUAAUAUUGGUUCUUUACAUCUUCUAACAACUUGUGUAUUUUUUGUGAAACUGCUGGGACUAGCAGAGUUUUUUCUGUCUUCACCGUCCCAAUAGUUCAGUUUAGUAAUGGUUAAAAAAAAAAAAAAAAAAAAAACCCACAAAAAAAAGUAUCUACCUCACCUAGCCACUCUCUGGCAUCUACAAAGGCCUCCACGUCCCCUCUUCCUCUGCCAGACUACAGCAGGUGGACAUUUUAUGACCAGCUGAUUAUGUCAGCACCACAUCUACAUGUUUGACCUGGUAGUAAAACGGCCUUAGAUGUUUGAACUACCGUCAUGUUGGAUUUCUGUCCCCCGUCCAGGCGCUGACUGACCACCUUACUUUAAUGUGAUUGUUCGGCUCUCAGUUUAACACGGGCUACAGGUGCUGAAACAUGUCAUGGGAGAUAUAUAAUAUAGUGAUAUUGUCUUAUUGUGCACAGGUGUGUGUGUGUGUGUGUGUGUGGGGGGGGGUUUCUGGUGUGUAGAUUCAGCACCAGAUGACUGGAAGUGUGCGUUCAGUUCUCACUUUUACUCUGCUGUCCUCUAUCUGCACUAGUGACCAAUUAGACGUGAUUAAAUGUGAAUCAUAUUUAUUUGUUCUUUUAAUAAUUUUUGUACAUUUUUUUGGACUCAUUUUAAUAUAAAUGUGACUUCUUUCUUUUUCUUUUGAUGUUGUUUUAAAUGUUUUUGAGCAGUUGUCCUUUACCUCAGUAGCAUGGUGGCAUUGGAAAAGGUAAAAACAAAACAAAAAAACAAACCUGUACCUUUCAUCUUUAAGUGACGUUUACAUGUUCUUAUCUGACUGACAUAGAUUAUUUUGGAAAUGGAAUGGAGUAUUUUCUAUACUGUCUUAGAAAUAAAUAACUUUUCUCAA